AUGUCACUCUUGAGUAUAAUUGAAGAAGUUGAUUCAUUUAAGAAGACAGAUGCCUUUUAUACCUUCUUAGAUCAUGAAGGCCGCACAGCACUUGGUUACAUUGAUCCAACCAUUGUCAAACUACUUCAAUCAGAACCAACAUUCAUAACUAAUCAUGAGUUUAAAACAAUUGCAAUUGGCUCUACAUUUGAUACUCUUGAAAAGAGAAAUGAAAUGUUUGCUGAAGUUGCUAAUCGAUGGAGAAAAAUCCCCGAAUUGGAUGUGAUUCUCAACAAAGGAUGGAGAAAUGAAUUGUACGUGAUUUAUAAUCCCUCGAAGAUACAAUACGCAAGAAUGGAAAGAGCAUUCUCGGUGCUAUUGGGUGUGAUUACAUAUGGUGUUCACAUUAAUGGAUAUGUGCCGCCUGAAUUAUCUUCAGAUGGGAAAUUGAAAUUAUACAUCCCUAGAAGAUCCAAAACCAAAUCAACUUUUCCUGGUAUGUUGGACAAUACUGUUGCUGGUGGUAUAGGUUAUCCCCAUGGAUUAGAAACAACUGUCAUUAAAGAAUGUUUUGAGGAAGCUGGACUUGAAGAAGACUUCGUUCGCAAGAAUAUCAAAAACACUGGAGUUCUCACUUAUAUUUACUUGACCGAUGAUCGACGUGCAGAACCCGAAGUUGAAUAUAUUUAUGAUAUUAUCAUUAAAGAAGAUGAGGCAUAUUUAAUUAACCCACAAGAUGGUGAAGCUGAAGAUUUUCAAUUGAUGACUAUAGAUGAAGUGUUGCAACGUGUGAAAAACAGAGAAUUCAAGCCAAAUUGUGGAUUGGUUAUUAUUGACUUUUUAAUUAGACAUGGGUAUAUAACGGCAGAAAAUGAACCUGAUUAUUUAGAGAUUGUCUCCAAAUGUCACGUGAAAUUGCCAUUCCCUACAAGAUAG